CUGCGCAGGUGUUGCGCAGGUGCUGCUCUGUCACUUGCGCCUUUUUUUUGAACUUUGCGCAAGAAGCAGUGCGCGGUUUCGGCGCGUUCCCGCAGUGGCUGCUUCUCCAGGCCGUUCCUUAUGCACGCAUUAGCAGACAGAAUCCGCUGAAUUUGUCUUUCUUUUCAUUCCGUUUUGCUCACAUGUGCCCGCCAUUGCUCACUGCGCCUGCUCUCCAUUCCACGUUUGGAUUUCAUCCAUGUUCGUCUCUGCCCCGCCUUGACUACCUUUUUAAUCCUGAACAGAAUUUCACUGAAAAGUGAAUGUGCUCUCUUACUUCUGAGCUCUUUUAGUUUUGACAGAACCUUUUGGGUUUUUUUUCGGUUCAUUACUCAAGACGAAUGCGGGUGAAUUUGUUGUAGCCUACUUUAUAUAACUGUUACACUGUUUUCUUCCAGCUGAGCCUGCCUGGGCAUCAGAAGGUUUACACCUGGCUGUAGCUCAUCAUAUCCUGGCUUUCAGUAGAAGAGGACUCUGAGUAGCUGGCUGAACGUGCAGGAGGCCUCGCCUGAUUUCUGGAACAGUCUGUCUGGAUUCCACUGCAGCAUCCAGAGUCUAGAGCUAUUGCGGAAGAAUCAUGGUCCGGUCUUGGCUCCUCAGGGGGCUUCUGGGUCUGAUGUGGAUAUUACCAUUAUGGAUGGAUGUUAUGUCAGACAAAUGCAAUGCUCUGCACACCAUCAAAGAUCAACUCAACAUAACCCUGAGGAGACGAUACAUGAAGCAUAACUUCCCCAUUAACUACACCAUUCAAGUACGCUAUGAGGAGGUCUUCAGACUGCACAACAUCAGCAGGCUGAGGAAUGAAGAAGAUGUGGAACUGAUGCAUCUGCAGAACCUGUGGCUCACAGUGGCUCAGAAGGGCAUAAAGAGGAUUUUGCAGGUUCUGCCAGAAAAACACCCAACACGACGUAAAUACCUCACAGCUCUUGAGAACCUCUUCAGGAUCUAUGAGCAGAGUUACGGCACAGAAAUAGAACUACCAGACAGCAUUGAGGACAUCGGGGGUCGCUUACUUGGGACCAACUAUCAAGGAUGGAGAUCCGUCACACCUAAAUCCUUACUGGACAACUGUUAUCGGACCAUGCACUGCCUGUUCAAAGAAUGCUUCUUAAGAGACGGGAGUGAUUAUGACUACUGCAACAUCCUUCACUGGCGAAAACGAAAGGGAACAACACCUCAGCCGACUUGAGUGGUGGAGCCAUUUCUGCAUGUAUUUUUUAUUUGUUUGGGUGGGUCACCCACAGUGUGUGGUGGUGUGCAUGGCCUGCUUUUGUCCUGCUCCUCGUUAUAAUGAUAUUACUUGCCAAACGGGGGUUCUUUGCUGGAAAACAUGCAAAGGCCACUAGCACCUAACAUGUUUAUUAUAGACUCACAGAGCUGCUUCCCAGCAUGCAAGCCAUCCAUCCGUUCAUCCAUCCGUUCAUCCAUCCAUCCGUUCCUACAUACAUCCAUCCAUCCUGCAGUACUCCUCCAAGAAAAAGACUGUUUUUCUUCUGCUUUAUAAGCAUUGUGUUCAAAUAUGCCCACAUAUACAUGUGUGUCCACUCUGGAAGAGAGCAGCUAUGAACAUUGUAUUUCUAAUUAGAAACAUCCAUGACUAUGGCUAACUCUACCAUUUACAUUCCUCCCUGACACUGCCAAAAAUACCUUAUUGGUGUUUUUUAACGAUGCUCUUGAUGCUGUGCGCCAAAACAGUACAUAAUUGUUAGUGUUUGAGAUACUGUAAAGGUAAUAUAAGCGACUGGUAGAGUUUUUUUUAUAUGUAUAAACUGCAUGCAGAUGUCUGGCUGACUGCUGGCUUAGUCAGCAAAUUCUUCUAUACUUAACUGCCUUCGCUGUACGCUUUGAUGUAGGCUUACUGCUGACGUCAGUUUGUGCCUAAAUGAUAUUGUCUUAGGUAAAAGUUUUUUUAAGAUGAGCAAAAUUUAUGUUAUGUUUUAUACGGUGUAUUUGAGUUAUUUAUUUGGAGACUUCUAUAGAUUGUUCUGGUAACUAUCGUGUUAUUGUGAAAAAAUAAAUAAAUUUAACUCUGUC